GGCAAAUGAAUGGAUCCCCGCCGCGAGGGGGUCAUUUUCAGCGAAAGCGCACCAAAACAACCUCCAUAGCCACUUUCCGAUUCAAACUGUGGGUUUAGUCUCCCCCAAAACUCGAGAUUUAGGGUAAAUAUCGACUGGUUUCUGCCGUCGAGUUGUCCGCUACGUUGGGGGUACUUCAUUAUUCAUUGUAGGCGCCUUGUCUGGAAGGGACGCCUGUCUUGCGCACUGCCGACUUCCUUCUCUACAAAUCGGAACCAGAUGAAAGAAAGAAAGCAAAGCUUUCCCCACAAGACCAGCAGAAUGUGUAAACCAGAUCUCGGUUUGUUUUUGGCGGUUUGCGAUUGCAGAAAGCGGAACAUGUUACCGGGAUCAGUGCUGAAUGACCCCCAGCGAAAGUUUUCCAAGAAGUGUCAGGGGUGGUUCCCUGUUGUCUGUGAGGGGACGGCCAGGAUCCCCACCCCCCUGAACCCUCCACCAGUGUGGAGGACCCCGCCAUGGUGACCUCCCCCGCCACAUCCUCCAUGCGUAAGUUCAUCCACGAGACACCGCACCACAGCAAGGACAUCCUGAAGAAGCUGAACCAGCAGCGGGAGGACGGGCUGCUGUGUGACGUGACCAUCAUCGUGGAGGGGCGGCGCUUCCGCGCGCACAAGUCCAUGCUGGCGGCCUGCAGCAGCUACUUCAACUCCGUCUUCACACGGAAGGACGUCAAACACAUCCCGUUUGUGGAGAUCACGGACAUCACUGCUGAGGGGUUCAGCCAGGUGUUAGAACACACCUACACGUCCAAGCUGGCCCUGGAUGAGAACAAUGUGGCCAGUGUGAUGGAGGCUGCACAGGUGCUGAAGAUUGUCGUCAUCUCAGACAUCUGCUCCAAAUACCUGCAAUCACAGCUGAAAAGAGGUGUCACCAUUGACUUGAAUGCAGCUGGGGAUGGUAACCAUGACUACGAAGACAUCAGCGAAUCAGAAGCCAGUCUCGGUUAUCAGGACGAUGUGGAAAAUGACGAGGAUUAUGACCCUAAGAAGGAGGGCACUCGAGUCACCCCCACAGCCAAACGGGGUCAAACUACAACACGGUCAGCAACAGCUGCUGCUGCUGGUACCAACACUGCGACGAAAGACGACACGUUGGUGGGGUUUUCCCCACUGGUGGGAGCAGGAGACAAACUCAUGCUCACUAAGGAGUCAGGAGAUGAUCAAGGUGAUGAUGUAAAACCUGAGGUGAAGAGAAGACGGACAGAGCCUGCGGAGGUCGCCUCGCCCGAGACCACGCCCACUGCCCCCCUCCCGCGCCGUAGGAGACAACGGCUCUCAACGGAGACCCACACCUGUAACGAAUGUGGCAAGGUCUGCACGACGUAUGGAAACCUGAUGCAGCAUCAGAAGAACAAGCACACAGACGAGAAGCCGUUCGAGUGCGAGGUGUGUCACCAGAAGUUUGCUCAGCAGGGUCACUUCAUCCGCCACCAGCGGCUACAUGAGCUGGAGAAACAGGAGGUGUUCCAGUGUAACAUCUGCGAGGACAAGAGUUUUGGAACAGUGUCCCAGCUAACCCAGCAUCUUAAGACGGACCAUACCAUUAAGAAGAAUAGUAAGGAGAAGAACUGUCGCUGCAAACUGUGCAAAGAGCUGUUCGUCAGGACCCCUGAGCUCAUCCGACAUGUGCAGAAAAUGCAUCUUCAGUCGGGAGAGGCAAUGUACAAAUGUGACGAGUGUGACAAGCCGUUUAAGGAUGUGUGGAAGUUGAACCGGCAUAAGAUGAAGCACUCCGGCAUCAAACCCUUCCAGUGUGAGAUCUGUGGAGCUCAGUUCAUCGCAGAAGACCUGCUCAACACACACCAGAAACGACAUACAGGAGAGAACCUGCACGAGUGUGAGUACUGCAACAUGAAGUUUGUGGAGGCGGGCCGACUGAAGGAACACAUCCGCAAACACACGGGGGAGAAACCCUUCCCGUGUACCUACUGCGACAUGAAGUUUGCCCACCCCAACAACCUGCGCAUCCACACACGCAAGCACACCGGAGAGAAGCCCUACGUCUGCGAGUUCUGCGGACAGCAGUUCGCGUACGGAACCGCGUACAAGUUCCACCGGAGGAUCCACACAGGUGAGAUGCCUUACCAGUGCCAGGAGUGCGGGAAGAGACACCGCACCAAGGCGGGGCUGGACAUGCACGUGCGCAAACACGGCGGUGUGCGACCCUUCACCUGCAAGUACUGCCAGAAGGGGUUCUGGGGGAAGACGGACCUGGUGCGCCACAUCCGUACCCACACUGGGGAGAAGCCCUACAUGUGCGACGUGUGCGGCUCGAGAUUCGCCAUGUCGUCUCAGAUGUACUCCCAUCGCAGGACGCACUCCGAUGAGAGGCCUCAUAGGUGCGACGACUGCGGGAUGAACUUCAAGGACCCGUACCAUCUAAAGAGGCACCGCCGGAUCCACACAGGGGACUUUCCAUACCACUGCCCUCUGUGCGGAAAAGGCUACACUCGGUCGGACAAACUGAAGGACCACGUCAAACAACAUGAAAAGGGCCGCGUCACCACGGUCUCACGUACGAGGAAGCCGCGCACACAGCCUGCAGUUGCGAAACAGGAGCAGGACAUGGCACAGCAGUGGCAGCAGGCCCUACAGGAGGCGGAGUCUGCGUCCGCGCAGCUCUCCAGAACCAUCGACGUCCACGAGCUCCAGUCCCUUGGCGUGCAGACCGAACACAUCGUCAGGCCGGCGCCCGUCCAGCCCACCCAGGUGGCCGUUUCCACCUACCCGGGAAACUUCGUCCCGCAGAUGAUCCCGCAGCUCAUGUUCAACCCGUCCGCGGACGAGAGGAUCCACAUAACGGCAGAGGAGGCACAGAGGCUGCACAUCCCUGUGUCGGUGUCCGUGGCUCCGGAUGACAGGAUGCACUUGCCGCCAGAAGCUGUGGAGAGGUUACCCAUGUAGAGCUAAAACCCUCUCGUGCUCCCAUGUUGUCAUUAGCAGGCCAUGUCAUGCAAACGGAAUCUAAAAGUCAUAUGGCCACAGGAAUUUUCUUUGUUGGUUCUCGGAUUUUACAGCUUAACGGUAAAUUGAAAUAACGACUUGAAA